AUGAAUCAAAAUACUUUACAAAAAAAUCAAAAUAAUCAAAAUAAGCCGACCUUUACUGAAUUCAGUAAUUUGCAAUCUACUGUUAUUCAACCGGGACGUUCUUCAAAUAUUAAUUAUAAUGAUGAGAAUGUCAACUCUUCUGAUAAUAUUUUUCCAUCAUUUUAUACAAACACCGAUAACUCAGAACAACAACCCACUUCUAAUGAACAUAUCGCUUCAACUCCAACUCCAAUUUCCUCAUCGUAUACUCCGCAGUAUGUUGGGCCGCAGCAACCUAUUGAAAAUAUUCCUUCUCCACUUGGUUCAUUUAACAUGACUACUAUCCACCCUUCUCAACCUGAAAUCUUUAGUUUUGAUAUUCCAGGAUUCAAAAUUAUCGUCAUACCUACUUUUUCUCAACAAGAUAAUAAUCAUUUGAAUUAUUCUUCAAAUAUCACGAAUACCCAAUAUCAAUGA